CAUUUCUGGCUUCACUGGCCAUAGUUGUUGGUGAGGCAGAAUAUACGCUCUCAAAUUUACAGCAAGCUUGCGCAAUCUGACUGGAAACAAACAAGAAUUUGCCGACCAAAAGAUUGAGCAAAGUCGUCAUGUGAUUGCAAUAUGUAAAAAUGGCAGAUGUCCAGCAAGCACCAAUGAUUGACAAAACACUUCCAGAUAAAUCGGGAGACGGCAUCCAGUCAAGCGGAACAAAUGGAAAUUCCAAGAGUCCGAGCACUCCUGAUCAAACAGUUCCAGAUCCGAACAAAAAAGUGCUACAACAUCAGACUUCAGUCGGGUCAAUGGGUUCUCCUGAACCAUUGCCAUCGGACGAUCUACCGGAGGAAUUGCUGCAGAUUGGAUGGAGAAAGUAUUGGAGUAAAAGAGAAAAUAUGCCAUAUUACUUCAAUAAGAUAACAAAUGAGUCUCUUUGGGAAAUGCCACAGCUUCUGCAUGAUCCAACCACUGACCCACUUGGAAUUGGUUCAGACCAGGCUCCACACCCCCAUGUUGGGGACAAGCGCCUCAGUCGCCCCAGUAUAGAUAUACCCCCCACUGGUCUUCCACAGCACAAGAGGCGGCACAGUGGAGAAGUUCUUGGGAGCCCAACAGCUAAAAGACCUGCUUUUGCUUACAGUCCAUUUUGGAACUUUGAGAUGCCAACAAAUGCAGUAAUUUUUGAGAGAGCACCAUGUGUUCUGCCCCCACCACAUCCAGAGAUAGAGUUGAUGAGAGCACAGAUGGUACACAAGUUACGACAACAUUACCAAGAACUGUGUCAUUCUAGAGAAGGCAUAGAUGCACCAACAGAGUCAUUUAACAGGUGGUUGUUAGAACGUAAAGUUGUAGACAUGGGUCAUGAUCCAUUGUUUCCGACGGUAUGCCAUAAUGAAGUAUCACAGUCAAUGUACAGGGAAAUUAUGAACGAUAUUCCAGUGAAACUUGUGAAGCCAAAGUAUUCUGGAGAUGCCAGGAAGCAGUUACUGCGAUAUGCAGAGGCAGCUAAGAAGAUGAUAGAUUCAAGAGGAGGGACGCCUGAGGGUAGAAAAGUUGUAAAAUGGAAUGUAGAGGAGACGUUUACUUGGUUACGGAAACAAAAUGCUGUUUAUGAAGAUUACUUGGAGAGAUUGGCACAUUUGAAGAGGCAGUGUCAACCCCAUGUAACAGAAGCAGCUAAAACAUCUGUAGAGGGAAUCUGUACCAAAAUGUAUAAUAUGGCAUGUGAAAUGGCCAAAAAGAUCUCCGAUAAACACUGGGAACUUCUCAGAGAAUUUAAUAUAAAUGAAAUCCAACAGCCACCUGAGCCGAUUCACCGGCGGAAAGUGUUUUGUUAUCCUGUACACAUGGUAGUACCUUCUCCUCGAUUACAAAUAGUGGAGAUGUCACAGGAAAAUGAACAACAUCUCCUCAAGUAUAGAGGAGAAACUCUCAAAAUAAACAGUUCUCAUUUUUAUAAACUUGAACAACUUUACAAGAUCUCUUGCCGUGAUGACCCCAGGUUUGAUCACUAUCUUACUCGAGUCUGGUCAUUAUUACGGAGGUACCAUACUCUGUUUGGUACACAGCCAAAUGAAGGUCUCAGUCUACAAGGUGCCCUGCCGUUAUCUGUGUUCGAAUGUUUGCAUCGUGUGUUUGGCGUUACCUUUGAAUGUUUUGCAUCUCCACUCAACUGUUACUUCAGACAGUAUUGUUCAGCAUUUCCCGAUACGGAUUCAUAUUUCGGCUCCAGAGGUCCAAUUUUAAAGUUUUACCCCAUCAGUGGAUCAUUUGAGGCAAAUCCCCCAUUCUGUGAGGAACUUAUGGAAUCUAUGGUUGACCAUUUUGAGGGUUUAUUAACAGAAUCAAAAGAACCGUUAUCAUUCAUUGUGUUCAUACCUGAGUGGAGGGACCCACCAACAGAGGCCUUAAUGAGACUCGAAUCAAGUCCAUUCAAACGGAAACAAGUCAUUUUACCACCAUAUGAACAUGAGUAUAGACAUGGAUUUCAACAUAUAUGUUCAAAAGAUGAUAUGAAUUUCAAAGCAGUGCAUGGAACAUUAGUCGUGUUUCUACAAAAUGAUGCUGGAUUUCAGCGCUGGGGUCCAACCACGGAACGUGUGAAAGAACUUCUCAUUUCUGCAAAGCCUAGGGAGUCAUUGUGAACCUUGUGUACAGUAUUGGUCUCAGGACUUGGUCGGCAGAGCCAUGUGAAUGGUAGUGAGUCAUAUUGCCAUGCAAUCAAAACCAUUUGUAGAAGUAUUUGAAAUAUUGGUGAGGAGGAAUUUUCAUAUUGUCUGAACCUUGUGGUGAAAGAUAUUCAUAACAUGUGAAGGAAUUUUCAUGUUGUCUGAAACUUGUGGUGAAAGAUAUUCAUUAUGUGUGAAGGAAUUUUCAUGUAGUCUGAAACUUGUGGUGAAAGUUAUUCAUAAUGUGUGAAGGAAUUUUCAUGUAGUCUGAAACUUGUGGUGAAAAAUAUUCAUAAUGUGUGAAGGAAGUUUCAUAUUAUCUAAACCUUGAGGUGAAAAAUAUUCAGUCAUUAAAAAUCUGUUAAAAGUGAUUACUUGAAAUCUUAAUGGCAUAAAAUGAUGUAAGAAGCAAUUACUUUAAGUCUCUCACAGGAACUACAUGUAUACAUAAAUAUUUUGCCAAAAUUUUAGUCUGUCAUGAGAACCAUUUGAAAGAAACAUAAUAUACUGGUAUAUUGAAUUUAAACCGCAAGGAUAAUGUGAAAGCAACAACUAAAAUAAAUCAGAACCAUUGAUAUACUGUUUAAAGUGAGAACCUUGGAAGUAGUAAAUGCUUGUUGUGAUAACCUUAGGAAAAGGUAAUGCUUAGAGUGAUAACCUUGGAAAAGGGAAUAGCUAAUAGUGGCAGCCAUAGGGAAAGCAAUGGCCUCCAGUAAGGACCAUUGGAGAAGAAAUGGCUAGCAAUUAGGUUCAUGGGAAAAGUAAUGGUUUUCAGUGAGGACCGUAGAAGAAAUGGCUAGCAGUUAGGUCCAUGGGAAAAGUAAUGGUUUUCAGUGAGUACCAUAGGAGAGGAAAUGGCUGGCAGUUAGGUCCAUGGGAAAAGUAAUGGUUUUCAGUGAGAACCGUAGAAGAAAUGGCUAGCUGUUAGGUCCAUGGGAAAAGUAAUGGUUUUCAGUGAGAACCAUCAGAGAAGAAAUGGCUAGCAGUUAGAUCUAUUGGAAAAGUAAUAGCUUUCAGUGAGGACUAUAGGAGAAGAAAUGGCUAGCAGUAAUGGUCCAUGGGAAAAGUAAUUAUUGAAAUGUGUGUAAAGCAUUUAAAAGGAGUUCUGUAAUAAGAUCAUUGUGAAAAAUAAUUGUUCUUGAGUUAAACCAAUAUGAACAUUAUUUAUCUGAAGAAGAAGCAUUUGAAAAUUAAUUUCCUAAUGUCAAGGAACUAAACUACUUACAAACAAAUCAGAUCUAAAUUAAUUCUAUUAUGACACAGAUAUAAGUAAUGUCUUAACCUUUAGCCUGUUGUUGGCAAGUGAUUCUGCCUUUGCGACCAGUGCAGACCAAGAUCAGCCUGCACGUCCGUGCAGGCUGAUCAUGGUCUGCACUGUUCGCUAUUCAGUCAGUAAAUUUCGGUAAACAUCCCUUUAAAUAAUAAAUGGUACUGCCCAAAUUGAAUGAUGGACCAGUCCAUUUUAGAAAUUUAGCAGAAUAAAGGUUAAAAUGACAUACCAUCAAACUGCAAUCACUCUAGGUCACAAAGAGAUGGCAAGCUGCCAGAGAUAUUCGCUGUUUUAAGCGAUCCUAAAAAUAGAAAAUGUGAGAAGAACAGCCCAUGACCUCACAAGGUGCUCGAGAUAGUCUGGAAGCUGGAGCCAUUUGUUGUAGAGUGAGUGGUGUUUCAUUGUAGUUCAUUCUUGUAUAGAAUUAAUAAGCAAUUGUCUUUGACAUAGAUUCUGUCUGUUUAAAUUUCAUAUGUUGUGUGAGAACAUAUUUUCAUUGUAUGCAUGCAUAUAUGCACACAUUUCCUUCAUUUAGUUGAGUUUACACAUUAGUUCACAUUUACAUACUUUAGUAUUUGUACAUCAUGUCAUCACAUACAUGUAUAUAAAGCAAAUUCGUCCUAUAGUGCAUGUCAUUACAUACAUGUGUAAAUUAGUACAUAGAUACAAAAUUUAGUGUGUGUUUACUAUGUCAACACAUUAACAUAGGCCUGUAGAUUAUGCCAUAUCAUACACAUGUACCAUUAUUUAUUUUCAAACAUACUCACUGUAAAUAGAACAUGAAAUAUACAUCCAGUUUAAUUUUCAUAUGUAUAAAGGUGGACUGUACAUAAGAUACGAGAUGGAAACAUUGGUAUAUAUCAUUGGUGUUAUUUGUUCCAAAAUUGUCUCUUAUGAAGAGAUCUGAUUGUUCAUGAAAAACUUCUGUUUUGGCUUAUACAAAUAUAGCAUAUCAUUUUUAGCUCACCAGAGCACAAAGUGCUCAAGGUGAGCUAUUGUGACCGGUCAUUGUCCAGCGUCCGUCAAAAAGUAGGUCAGUAGGCCAGAUCAAAGGAAAAGCUUGUGAACGCUCUAGAGGCCAAUGUUUUGACCCAAUCUGUAUGAAACUUGAUUAGAUUGUUUGUCUUGAUGAUUUCUAGGUAAAGUUCGAAACUGGGACAUGUGGGGUCAAAAACUAGGUCAGUAGGCCAGAUCAAAGGAAAAGCUUGUGAACAUUCUAGAGGCCGCAUUUGUGACCCAAUCUUAAUGAAACUUGGUCAGAAUGUUUGUCUUGAUGAUCUCUGGAUCAAGUUUUAAUUUGGGUCAUUUAGGGUCAAAAACAAAUUCACAUGGUCAAAUCAAAGGAAAAGUUUGUGAACACUCUAAAGGCUACAGUUGUGACUCAAUCUUUAUGAAACUUGGUCAGAAUGUUUGUCUUGAUGAUCUCAAGGUUAAAUUUGAAACUGGCUCAUGUGUGGUAAAAAGCUAGGUCAGUAGGCCAGAUCAACUCUGGUGAGCGAUAUAUAGGGCCAUCAUAGCCCUCUUGUUUAGAGCAAAUGUUUUAAGGUUGAAGAUUCAAAUUGUAUGCUCACAAACACUUCCAGGCCCGGAUUUCACGAAAAUACUUAAGUUAGUUAAGAAUGUUAAUUUGUUUAAGAAAGGUAAAAACUUCAGCAAAUCAGCCUACUUGAGUCAAUUAACAAAGUUAAGUAUUUUCGUGAAAUUGGGGCCAUGGUCUUACUAGUAUAAUUUUAAAUGCUGUUAGAAAAUUCUUUCCACUCCGCUAUCUCACAGAUGGCCAGUGGUUUUAUCCAUAUGCCAGUUUGUGCCUGACAUAAAUUAAGGACAUGAAUACCUGUACCAGUAAAACUAUGAGUUUCUGAAGGACCUUAAAGGGAAUUGCAUAUGUACACCAGAUAUCAAGAAAUUGUAAAAUGUAUAGCCUCUCUGAUACAUGUAUAUUGAUAAUGUUAAUGACUCUGAUAUAGGGCACAACUAAAUAUUAGAAUUUACUAAAUAUACUCACUUAAAUGAUAGUGAUUUUUUCUACAAUUUUUGCAGUUUACAUAAGUGAGUCUAUGAAAGUUAGUUUUUCUACACAAUUUACAUAAGUGAUUGCUCACAAGUGUAUUUAUAAAUAAAUACAAAAAAUAAUGGAACCAUUUCGCUUUGACUUAAUUUUUAGUUUAAAGUAUUUUCUAAAUUAAAAAAAAAUUGAUAUAAGUCUAGAGGCAUGUCCCUUUAAGUGUUUGUUGCAGUCAUUUACUCAAAACAAAUUAAAACAUUUUUAUCAUUGUUUUGCAGUUAUAGUUAAAUGAUUAAGUUCAAGUGCGGACUAUUUUUAAAGAUUUUGUAGGUGAGUCGUUACACUGAAUUAAAUCCCAGUAAACAAAUUUCCUAUUUGUUUUAUCUUUAAGAAAUAAAAUUCCAUGAAAUUGUAUCCCCUUAAAGUUGCUAUUGACACUUCAUGUCAUGAAAUUAAGGGUUUUACAAUAAUUGAUACAAAGACUAAGUCCUCAAUCAACUGCAGUCAAAUGUGCUUCAAACAUACAUUUUACAUGUCACAUAAUAUGAAUUUUUUUCUAGUUUUAUAUGUAGAAAGAAAAGAUGAAAGUGACAGGAUUAAAGUUCCUGUUACUUGAAACAUGUUAUUCAACAGACAUUUUUACACAUUUGAUCUCGGCUGAAGUUUGAAUUAUAACAAAUCAAAUGCUGAUAUUGAAGUGUUAAUCAUAUUUAUCUUGUACAUUUAAUUUUUAAAGUUUAUGUUAAAUGUGAGCUAACAUGUGAAAGUUGCAAUUUACUUACUGGGUGAUCAGAUAUGGACUACUGUAAAAUCAUUUAAUAUCAUGGGUAUAAAGUUUAAGUGGUUUCUUGAGGAAAUAAUUUCUUGGAUUGGCACUUAAGAUAAAAGAAUUGGAACUUCCGUUGUUCAUUGGGAUUUAAUGUCGUAGUUUGAUGCUUACACGAAAUCAAAAAAAAAAAAAAAAGUUCCCUUUGAAUAUUAAAGUAAACCCUGGAAGAGAAAAUACCAGGGUCCAUACUGGGGCUUGAACCCCGGACCUCGUGGUCCGUAGGUGGACACUAACCACGUCGCUAAAGAGUUAACCCAACAGUAAGGCUGUUGGAAGUGGCCUAUAAACCUACUAUCACUACAAUAUUAAGGAGAUUCCAGUAUGCUUUUCAGCUCUUAGACUUUUUUUGGUAAUUCCUCUGUUGUAGGAAUAGAAUGAAUUUUUUUGCAGAUAAAUUUGUUGUGUAUUGCCAUUGUUUUGUUAAUGAGACUAUAGGUGGAGCAUAUUGAACAGUCAUUCAUUUUGUUAGUGAGACUAUAGUUAGAGCACACUGAACAGUCAUACUUUCCUGUACAUACUCUUACAGAAAAAGUGCUUCUUGAUACAGGGUAUUAUCAGUUAAAAAUUGACUUGAAAGCACGUAACAGGUUUUAAUGGAUUGUGUCAGUCAAAUAUUAAAUUAAAUUAAAUGUUUUCACUUCCGCGUUUGAAAGAUGGCAGCGAGUAAAACACAACCGAGACUUUAGUCUAUAAUUUUGACAGAGACUUCAGGCAUAAUAUGAUCAGAAAGUUUGGCUUUAUACUGGUAAAAAGAUAUGAUAGAAUCCACCAAUUAUUAAUGUUAUGCAUUGCUGUUUUCACUUUUUCACUACCAUUUUUUGUCGUAAUUCUAGAAAAAGACUUGUUGUUAUUUAAAAGUAAUGAUUCUGUAUUAGCAAGGUCAUACAUGUUGAGCUGGUUUAAUUACAUAUUGUCAAAUCAAUUAGUUUUGUGGGCAUGAAAUUUUGCAAUUUUUGGAAAAAACAGCUAACUCUUCGUGAUAUGAAUUAGUGAAUUUCAACUUUUGCAUAUAAAAUACAAGAGCUUUCAUUUGUUCAUAUGAAUUAAAUUUCGAGAAUUGACGAAACAAGGAUAUCCCCAAAAAGCAGUCGCCCACGAUUGAUACUGGUUUUACAGUAUAUGUAAUAAUUCUUUACUCUGGCUUUAAUGUAAAUAAAAUAAAACCCCAAAGUGAGUAGUAAAAUUAUGUGCCAUAAUAUUGCAUUUCUUACACUUACAUAUAGCAAAAACCGUGGAAAUACAAACUUAGCUGUUGCUGGUGGAGAAAAAUUUUAGUGGGACCCAUUUUACUGUAAACCUAAAUGUGUUAUAUUGUAUUGUUUUUGAUUUUUAUUUGUUCAAGAACUGCUUAGCUAAAUUAGAUUUGUUGAUUUUUUUUUAUAUGAAUUUUAUGAUAAAGUGUUUGUAAGAGAUGUUAUAUGCCCUGAUUUUAAUGUUCUUAUGUUUGUUAAUUCUGUUGUAAAAUAUUUGUUGCUUAUAUAGGAUAUGAAAUCUGUUUUUAGCUUGACUUUUCAAAGAAUAGGUAGAGCUAUUGCACUCACCCAUGCAUUGAUGUCAGCAUUUGAUUUUGUUAAUUUUGUAAGUAAGCUGAUACCUCAGUAUCCACUUACAGGAAUGGAUCGAAAGGUCACAUAUUUAUUCAUUAUGAUAUUCUGACUUGAAAUGCACAGGUUCCAUAAUUUUUUUCGCAUUUCUAUGAAUCUGUGCUUCUUUUUCGACUUUCGUAUUCAUUCACUUAACUUUCUUUAGUGACAAGGCUGUCGAAAAGCCGAGAGUUGCUGUCCUCGGGCAACUCUUGUUUCUAUAUUUUGUCUUUGAAUAGUAAGUGUUAUUAUCACUAUUUUGUUUUCAACUUAUUAUGUCUCCCGCCACACAGUGGUGUGGGAGACAUAUUGGUUUACUCCUGUCUGUGUGUGUGUGUGUGAGUGUCUGUCACAAAUCUUGUCCACACUAAGUCGAACAUUCUCAUCCGAUCUUCACCAAACUUGAACAAAAUGUGUUUGCCAAUAAGUCCUCAGCCAAGUUCGAUAACUAGCCAAAUUGGCCCAGGCACUUUCGAAUUAUGGCCCUUGGAUUACUGAUCGGAACCACACGCCCAAACCACUUUGAAUCACUAUAGGAACCACUCACCCAAACCACUUUGAAUCACUAUAGGAACCACUCACCCAAACCACUUUGAAUCACAAAAUGAUUAGGCAGUUGUGGGAGACAUGUGCUUUUCUCAAAAGCAGCUCUAGUUUUGAUUUAUGAAAUAGAUAGGAACAUGACUUGAACAGGUAUAUUAUUUGUUACCUACUUUUUGAUCCACUUUUUCUGUAACAGGCUAUUUCCUUGAUUUCUCUUUGAAUAUCAGACAACACUUUGCAUUGUACAUCAUUCUAAAAAGGGUGGUAAUAGGAAAUUUUUUAAAUUUUCAAUAUAUCUUGAUUGGUUUUGAAUUUGACAUCAAAAUAUGAUUUCUUAACAUUUGCCCAUUUUAGGUUUCAGCCACAUCGCCACCAAAAUAUUAACAAGAUAUGAAUUUUGACUUACAGUAAUUUGUCAAUGGAUUGUUCAUGCACUUCAUGAUUUUUUUAGUGAGCAUUAAAUCAACAUUUCCAUGUUAUUAUUUUUAAAGUUUAGAAAAAUGAUAUAUUCAAAAUUGUCAUGGGCCAGAAAUUUACACAGAGAAAAUACAUUUUAGACAUAAAUGUUAGUAGUGACUGUUACAUUAUUAAAGAUAUAGUACAAAUUCAAAGAGAACUACACAUGUGGAGACCAUAAAAAUAAUGUAUAACAUAUAUCAGAAUCUUCCAAAUUAAAGCUUUAUUUUACAAAAAAAAUAUGGAUUUGGUUGAUCAAACGAUAGUUGUUUUUUUUUUUCAGGAUGGUAAUUAAUGUCCAGAGGGGCACAUUUGGUCUUCUUCCGCCGGGGUCAACGUAUGGCUUAAAUCGUUUUGACGUGACUUUAAACACAACAAAACCAUAUCUGACAUAUUAAAAAAAGAGAACAAACAUGGAAAAGAAAAUUUUGCAUCAUUAUUAUUUAUAAUGUUUCUAUGGAUUAAAUAUUUUUUAAGCAGAACUUUUAUGUUGUAAUAUUGUUGUUGUCUUGCAUUGAUAUAUAAAUCUGAUUAUCUGCUUAAAAUGUUGGGGGCAGCUUAUUUGUUAUGUUUGUAAUUUAGAAUUUUAUCUACUUUUUUGGUUCACCAACUUAAGUGUUUAGCGAGAUUGUUUUCCUUAAUUGCUCAAGAAUGAAGUACAAAUUGUAUAAUUCCUUCAAAAGUGCUCCUGUAGUUUAAUCGAAAGGAAUGGCCAAAAUAGUAAUCUUAUUAUUUUUAGCUCACCUGUCACAAAGUGACAAGGUGAGCUUUUGUGAUCACACGGCGUCCGUCAUCUGUGCAUCCGUCCGUGCGUACACUUUUGCUUGUGACCACUCUAGAGGUCACAUUUUUCAUGGGAUCUUUAUGAAAGUUGGUUAGAAUGUUCAUCUUGAUGAUAUCUAGGUCUAGUUUGAAACUGGGUCAUGUGCGGUCCAAAACUAGGUCUAAAAAUAGAAAAUCCUCCCUGGAGGCCAUAUUUUUUCAAUGGAUCUUCAUGAAAAUUGGUCAGAAUGUUAACCUUGAUGAUAUCUAGGUCAAGUUCGAAACCUGGUCACGUGCGGUCAAAAACUAGGUCAGUAGGUCUAAAAAUAGUGAAACUACUUAGUGGUUUUCAAUGAAACUUAGCCACAAUGAACUGGGUUGCGUGUGGACAGGCGAGCGAUUCUUGUUUUUAAUUUUAUGAGAAUCACUGGUUAAAUUGUUAACUCACAAUAGUUUUGAAAAUUAAUAUUUUUUAUUCUAAAUGCUGGUACUUAAAUAAUUCAAAAAAGGUUCAUAAACCAUUCAUGCUGUUAUUUAGAAUGAUACAUGAUACUGUUGUCCAGGAUCUAAAAAGAAAUUUAGCAAAAAACCUCUGUUAAAUAGGGCAAUCAAAUUAUUUUAUACCUAGUGCUGUACUGCCAAAUAGUUGUAGGUACAAGUAAUCAUAUGAAGCUUUGCCACAGGUACAUUAGAAACAGUAAAAUGCCAUGUUCUAUCAGCAUGUGAUAUUCUUUUUAUCAAGGCUGUUUUGUGUCAUAUAAAUCCAUUUGUGUGAAAGAUAACUCUGCUAUUCCUUGGGUCUUAUUUGUGACUAACUGUGAAACCUGGGGAAAUAAAAGCUUGAGGAAUUCACCUUCUUUAGGCAGCAGUCCCAGUUUUCGUUGAAGUUGAAAAGAAGCAACAUUGGUGCAACAAUUUGGCAGUACAACAAUAGAUAUGUUCUCUGAUUUAUGUUUUGUUUUAACUUGUUUUAUUUAAACUUACAUGGUAUGUUUGGUAUAAGAGUAUUUUAGUUUCCUAUUAUAAAAACAUAGACAGAGAAUGAUUUGUUUAUUUAAGGUGUGUAAUGCCUAGGACAUACUGGGCAUCCCUGGAAGACUUCACUUACUAACGGUCGUUUAUAUGACUGAAAAAUUGUUGAAAAAGACGUUAAACCCACACACACUUCACUUACUAAUAUUCUAUUUAGCUGUGUAGUUUGUGCUUUUAAUCCUCCGCCAUAAAUGGUGGGUGGUUAUAGGAAUGGUCUCCGUCCGUCCGUUGUGUCUGCUCCAUAUAACUUACACCCCUUGAAGAAUUUUCAUGAAACUUGGGUCAAAUGAUCACCUCAUCAAGACGAUAUGCAGAACUCAUGAGUCAGCCAUGUUGACUCAAGGUCAAAGGUUUGAGCCUUCCAUUUUGUGUCCGCUCUGUAUCUCCGAAACCCCUUGAAGAAUUUUCAUGAAAGUUCAAAUGAUUACCUCAUCAAGACGAUAUGCAGAACUCAUGAGUCAGCAAAGUCAGCUCAAGGUCGUCACAACUUAAGGUCAAAGGUUUGAGCCUUCCAUUUUGUGUCCGCUCUGUAUCUCCUAAACCCCUUGAAGGAUUUUCAUGAAACUUGGGUCAAAUGAUCACCUCAUCAAGACGAUGUGCAGAACUCAUGAGUCAGCCAUGUUGGCUCAAGGUCAAGGUCACAACUCAAGGUCAAAGGUUUGAGCCUUCCAUUUUGUGUCCGCUCUGUAUCUCCGUCGUAUAUGGACUAUAAAAUAUAUUUAACAUUGUGAAUGCUUCCACCCAAUACCAUCAACCCUUUAACUAUCCAUAACAGGGGCGGGGGAUAUAGCUGUCUUUCAGACUGCUUUGUGAUUACAUCAGUGCUUACCAUUCUCUACAAUGUUCGAUACUUUGGUUUGUCCAGGCCCUGCUUUUACCAGAGUCGGGGUGGCCAACCAACGUGACUACGAUAUCGUACACACGGGUAAAAAUGCGCGAUUUAUGUAACAUUUUUAGCUCAUCUGAUUUUUUAUGCCCCCAAAGGGAGACAUAUAGUUUUUGAACCGUCUGUCGGUUUGUCAGUCUGUCUGCAAUCUUCGUGUCCGGUCCAUAUCUUUGUCGUCUAUGGAUGGGUUUUGAAAUAACUUGGCUUGAAUGUGUACCACAGUAAGACGACGUGUCAUGCGCAAGGCCCCAGGUCCGUAGCUCAAAGGUCAAGGUCACACUUAGACGUUAAAGGAUAGUGCAUUGAUGGGCGUGUCCGGUCCAUAUCUUUGUCAUCGAUGGAUGGAUUUUCAAAUAACUUGGCAUGAAUGUGUACCACAGUAAGACGACGUGUCACGCAUAAGACCCAGGUCGUAGCUCAGAGGUCAAGGUCACACUUAGACAUUAAAGGGUAGUGCAUUGAUGGGCGUGUCAGGUCCAUAUCUUUGUCAUUCAUGGAUGGAAUUUCAAAUAACUCGGCAUGAAUGUGUACCACAGUAAGACGACGUGUCGCACGCAAGACCCAGGUCCGUAGCUCAAAGGUCAAGGUCACAAUUAGAUGUUAAAGGUCAUUUUUCAUGAUAGUGCAUUGGUGGGCGUGUCCGGUCCAUAUCUUUGUCAUUCAUGCAUGGAUUUUAUAAUAACUACGCACAAAUGUGUGGCACAGUAAGACGUGUCGCACGCAAGGCCCAGCUCCGUAGGUCGAAGGUCCUAAACUCUAACAUCGGCCAUAACUAAUCAUUCAGAGUGCCAUCGGAGGCAUGAGUCAUCCUAUGGAGACAGCUCUUGUUGAAAAAAAAUGAUGAGUUACUGUCAUCACUUGUGCGGUUGUCGGCGUUGGCGUCUGCGUCGGCGUUGCCUGGUUAAGUUUUAUGUUAAGGUCAGCUUUUCUCCUAAACUACCAAAGCUAUUGCUUUGAAACUUUGAACACUUGUUCACCAUCAUAAGCUGACCCUGUAUAGCAAGAAACAUAACUCCAUCCUGCUUUUUGCAAGAUUUAUGGCCCCUUUUGUACUUAGAAAAUAUCAGAUUUCUUGGUUAAGUUUUAUGUUUAGGUCAACUUUUCUCCUAAACUAUCAAAGGUAUUGCUUUGAAACUUGCAACACUUGUUCGCCAUCAUAAGCUGACCCUGUACAUCAAGAAACAUAACUCCAUCCUGCUUUUUGCAAGAAUUAUUGCCCCUUUUGGACUAAGAAAAUCAGUUUUCUUGGUUAAGUUUUAUGUUUAGGUCAGCUUUUCUCCUAAACUAUCAAAGCUAUUGCCUUAAAACUUGCAACUGUUGUUCACCAUCAUAAGCUGACCCUGUACAGCAUGAAACAUAACUCCAUCCUGCUUUUUGUAAGAUUUAUGGCCCCUUUUGGACUUAGAAAAUAUUAAAUUUCUUGGUUAAGUUUUAUGUUUAGGUCAACUUUUUCUCUUAAACUAUCAAAGCUAUUGCUUUGAAACUUGCAACACUUGUUCACCAUCAUAAGCUGACCCUGUACAGCAAGCAACAUAACUCCAUCCUGCAUUUUGCAAUAAUUAUUGCCCCUUUUGGACUUAGAAAAUCAUUUUCUUGGUUGAGUAUUAUGUUUAAGUCAACUUUUCUCAUAAACUGUCAAAGCUAUUGCUUUAAAACUUGCAACAGUUUAUCACCAUCAUAAGCGGACGCUAUACGUCAAGAAACAUAACUCUGUCUUGCUUUUUGCAAGAAUGAUGGCCCUUUUUAGACUUAGAAAAUCAUGGAUAGGACAAUAUUUCUAUUAUACAAAAAAAUCAGAUGAGCGUCAGCACCCGCAAGGCGGUGCUCUUGUUCUUUGUUGUUAUUUCCUUGUUACUCGAUAGAUUUGAAUAAAACUGUGUCAAAUAAAGAAAAACCAGUGCUUUCCUCUGCACAAAACGUCUGCCAUGCUCAGUCAGUACUGUCUUCAAACACUUUGCUCAAAUUCCAGUGUGAAUGUUAUCUACACAAAUGGUCCAUGAAACAAAAUUUGGCAAAGCGUUUGAGAAAACUUUCAAGAAUUUCUGUCACUUUAAGGCAUCCAUUUUCCUGUCGUCGGCGCUUUUUAUUUUAUCAAAAUUUGUCAAGUAAUAAGGAAAUUAUAAGCAAAUAUGAAACCUGAAUCGAGCGACUUCCACAGUGUGUACGAUAUCAUAAAGUCAAGUGGGUUGGCCACCUUGAGUGUUCUUAAGACGAGAAUAGUUCUUAAAGGUUGUAUGAAGUUUCUUCUUUUAAAUACCCAUAUUUUACAUUUUAACAAGAUUUACUGUAGAGUAAUUUAGUUUCAGAAGUGUUUUUUUUUUACUGACAGGCUUGAAAAGACGUUCCAGGUGUCUUUUGUACAAAUUGCAGGUCCGGAUUUUGUGUUAUUGACAGGUGUGUAAUGCUGAGCCAGAGUCAAGACUUAAAGAAAAACAUUAUGGAAAUUUAUGUCUAGUGACAUGUAAUAAAACUUUUACUGAAUGGCUUGCUGGUCAGUAGUCAUAUAGUCAAAAUUAUUGACUGACAGCCCAUUCAGAAAGUGUUUACUUGUCAUAUAGUCGUUUUUGAUUAAGAAAAAAAAUCGCAGUUAAAGAACACAAGUUUGGCCAAGAAAAAAUAUAUAUGUACAUCUGUGAAGGAAAACUUUCUGUUUAUUGUUAUGAUACGUGUUUUGUGUUUUAUUUAGUGUAUUAGAUUUUACCUAGCUCUUACAGAAACUUACAGAAUGAUAGUUUUAAGGUUGUUGUCAUGUUGAGAGUUCAUAUAUAUUAACAAAUGGAAUUUUAUUACAUGUGAAAUGUUUUUAUAAAAUGAUGCCCUGUGCAAUAUAUAAUAACACAAACAA